AUGUACGCCGAUGCGGCGGUGUUCCCUUCUGCGAGGCUCAAGCCUGCCAGGACACGGUUAAUGACCGUGGAAAUCGACCAGAGUUCACUCCUCAGAGCUCAGACUGCCCCGGCCACAAUGAACGGUGCUGUUCAUGUUCCUAUGGGAACACCAUCAAUUGUUUCGUCCUCUUCACUGUCGAUUGCGAGCGCAGGUGGAGCUGGCACAACGUCUCCAACUAUUAGCCUUUCCACACCAAUCGGCAACGACUCGUUAAUCAACAGGAAAGCGGACCCUUCUCAGGGGCUCUAUCAAACAUGUGUAGCUCUCCGGGAAAGAUUGCUUCUAGUACCAGACUUUGAACGUUUCUUAGAGCCCGUUCCCGGGGCGGAUACAAGGGAAGAUCCAGUUAGCCAGCUGUGGAGGUGCUUCCGUAUGGGUUCGAGUCUUUGCGUAUUGUUCAAUGCAGUCAGGCCGGUUCAAUUCAUCGAUGAAGAACAUUGCAGGCCCGACCUUGGGGCCGUAUCUAAAAUGAAGGCUGCAACUUACCAUUUUAUUCAAGGAAUCAAGAAGGAGCUCGAGAUUGGUGGAGAUGACUCCUUUAUGAUUCACAACCUGUACACCGACGAUACGAAUGGUUUUGUCAAGGUGACCAGAACUGUCAGCAAAAUCCUGGAUGUCUUAGCACAAAAAAAUCUUCUUCUCCACAAGGGCCCCAGCGACAACCGGAGUUCGUCAGAACGAAAGCCGCUGGACAAUCGCGCGCGUGUUGUCCAGGAGCUGGUGGACACGGAGCGCAAGUAUGUGCAAGAUUUGGAAACGCUACAAGAGUACAUGAAGGAACUGGAAGCGGAUGAGGUUCUUGGCAAGGAUCAGAUCCACAUUUUGUUUGCGAACUUGAACGGGCUAGUGGAUUUCCAGCGGAGAUUUUUGAUCAGAGUAGAAACGCAAAACGACCAGCCUUUUGAGAAGCAGCAAUGGGGAAUGCUUUUUGUGGAAUACUGCCGCGAGCCUGAAGAGCGAGUCCAACGAAGCGGAGACCCAAUCGGAGGACCGGCAUACCAGGAAACGUUUGCGAUUUAUCAGCCUUAUGCUUCAAACUUCAAGAAUGCUCAGGACUUAGCUAUGGAAGAAAAGGCUAAGCUCGAGAGGAAGGCGCAUCCUGUAUACCAGCAACUCAAUGCAUUCCUUAUCAAGCCUAUUCAAAGAGUAACGAAGUAUCCGCUUCUUCUGAGAGACUUGAUCAAGCACACCGAUCCAGCUGAAGCCGAGGACCAAAAACUCCAACUAGGUCUAGAAGCCAUUGAGGAAAUCAAUCGUAAGAUUAACGAGGCCAUUAGAAAGGCCGAGAAUAUCGAGAGCGUAAAGGAUCUCGAGGGUCGAGUUGAGGACUGGAAAGGGCAUAAACUUGAGCAUUUUGGCGAAUUAUUACUACAUGGGCAAUUUUCGGUGAUCAAAGGCGACCAGAAGGGCGAUGUAGAGAGAGAGUAUUAUAUCUAUCUUUUUGAGCGUAUACUGUUGUGCUGUAAAGAAGUGGGGACAGGUAAGAAGCAAAAACAAGCCAUGAUGGCAAGGCCGAAACCAGGAAAGAAGAAGUCCAUGUUGCAACUGAAGGGUCGAAUAUUUAUGCAGAACGUGACUGAUGUCAUCUCCCUUUCGCGGGGUGGUACGUGGUCGUAUACAUUGCAGAUUUUUUGGAAAGGCGAUCCGGGGGUGGAGAACUUUAUCAUCAAACAUACAAAUGAGGAAAGGUUAGAUCAGUGGUGUAAGGCUCUCGAGAAGCAACGAGAAGCUUUCGCCAGAGCUGGAACACCAAGCAGUCGAGGAACCAGGACGAGUGGAGGAGCACGAUCAACAGCAGCUGUAGAUUUCGCUUGGAUGCUUAAUGUUGAUACUGGAGACCAAGGACAAACUGCAGAGCUUUCAGAGGAUGACGACGAUGAGUUGGAAGACCCUGCAGAACCGCAGAUACAGGGUUUCAACCUGCCUCGAAAUACCUCUAGCGCAAGCAUUCGAUCUAGGUCUGCCACAAAUGAGAGUGUUCAACAGCAAGCAAUGCAGCAGCAGAUGCAGCAUCAACUGCAUCAACAUCAACUGCAUCAACAAACACCAUCAGGUGCGCUUCCUGGCACAUAUGCAGCGCGGCCAAAUCAACAAAGUCCUAUGCUUCCAGCUUCUCAUGAUGCUUCGUAUUUCUCGCCCGUAUCAGAAACACCAAUGAGCACUCGUAUAAGCUCCUCGUCCAACCAAUUCCCAUUCCCGAGAACCUCGACGCCAGGAUAUGCCGAAGAUAACCGACGAUACACGCCGCCGAGCGGAUUCACUCCUCCGAAUAUGUCAAGAUCGACGUCAAGGGAGGGCGCUGCGAUUGCUGCCAGUCAAGCUCAGUUUGCACAUCAUCACCAGGUACAGCAAGCGAGUAGCCGCCUACAACGACCUUCACUGCCAGGGAUGGCCCCUCCGCCAGCCGGCUCGCUCCAACAGAAUAGGAUGCGGUCUGCGAGUAGCCCUAACAUUCACCAUCUUCCCAGUCAAGCACAGCUUGCCCGAUCGCCAGGCGCCGCAAUCCCUCCCAUACCAUCAGUACCUUCAAACUAUGUUGCGUAUAGCGGUGGUCCUGCAGUGAUAAACCGUAGCCAGAAUAAUUCACCCACAUCACCCAACUUACCUAUGCAAGGAGGGCCAGGAAGAAACUCGCCGGCGAUCCAAGAGAACGGCCUGAAAACUAACGGUAUAAAUGGAAUACAACCACAAGUCAAGCUGAAGGUCAACUAUGGCGAUGACAAGUUUAUCAUCAUCGUACCAUCCACCAUUGCAUACAACCAGCUGCUGGACCGAAUCGAACAUAAAGUCAAGAUGUGCGGUGCUACUGGUGUAGAAGUACCUAUAAACCCCAUCAGGAUAAGAUAUCAGGAUGAAGAUGGUGACUUCAUCUCGAUGAACUCGGACGACGACGUGCAGAUGGCGUUUGAUGUGUCGGGCGAUCCUGGGAAGGAUGGCAGCGCAGGGAUAACCGGUGUUGUCACUCUUUACGUGUCGGCUUAA